GGUACCGGAUGACGUCGUAGAGGGUUGAAGGUCACUGCAAGGGGGGGGUGGUGUAGAGAACGCGAGACCUCGACGACUUUCGGCGGCAGCGGCAGUAGCGGCAGUAGCAGCAGCGAUCGCGAGCCAUGUGGUACGAGAUCCUGCCCGGCUUGACCAUCAUGACCGUCGCGCUCAUGGUGCCGGGGUUCACCACCAUGUUCCUGCAGCGAGCGUCCAGCGGGUGGAAGGAGAAGCGCGUGGUGUCAGACGCCUUCGGGUUCAUGAUGCUCAAGAGGGACGCGCGAGUGUCCGGGACAAACACCUAUUACCAGAGCAAGGGCUUGGAAAACAUCAACUAAGCUGAUAAGAAACAUGUCUCAUCCCUCCUCCACUCCACCCUGCAUAACCUGUCACAGACAAACACGUGCAUGUCAUCACUCACCGGUCCUCCCAGCUCCUGAGCAACCAAUAAAUUUCUGAGCUUCGACAACGC